GAUAUUUUCGACAUUGACGGCUGAAUAUGGAUCGUCUUGUUUGCCGCUUGCUGAUUGUUCUAGCGAUUAGGAUAACGGACGUACUCAGUGGCAAACGCACAUGCGACGACAACCAAAUCUUCACAGAUAGUGCGGGAGUGAAGCUCUGCUACGUCAUACACAAGCCCUCCUCAAAAAUCAAAGGUCAGGAGGUUGAGAGUACAUGCUUGUCCCUCGGUGGAAAACCAGCCGCUCUUGACACGAGGGAAAAGAUAGAUUUUAUAACGAGCCGCCCGAGUAAUUGGUUUAGUGAUAAAGUCGACAAGUUUUGGAUCGGAGCACGGACCAGAUGGGCCUGGCUCGGGACUAACACAGAGGCAACAUAUACCAAUUGGUUCUCUCAAAAUGAAACCACGGAGUAUGAAGAGUACUGUGCGUAUCUGCACAAUGCAGCGUGGAAGUCGGACAAGUGUGAUAAGAGACAUGGAUAUAUAUGCGAAAUCGCGGAAUCGUCACAAGGCGCAUGUCCAAGCGGCUAUACGUCCAACAACAGUGGAAGUUGUUUCAAAGUUUCUAAUUCAAAGGAGAAAUAUGAAAAAGUAGCCAAAUUCUGCGGAGAUGAUGGUGGUUACCUGGCAAAGUUAGACAGCAAGGACAAGAAUCUACACAUCAUCACGAGAAUAGGUUCAACAGCUGACAGCUUCUGGUUUGGCCUCGACCGAGUCUAUACCUGGUUCUGGUUCAACACGGGGGCGGUGGUACUGAACGACACAGCUCGCUGGAAAUCGGGGGAGCCUGCAUCUGAUUGGAACAAGAAUUGUGCAGUGAAAGUAGAAGUUAGCAAGAAUUUUGAAUGGAAGACAGAGAAGUGCGACCAUGGAGAGGAUGCGGUUUUGUGUGAACACGUUCCAUGUAUCACAAAUAGCGUCAUAGAGGCUACCCUCUUCAAAACAAGAUACCGCAACAUGAAACUCAUAAUCAACAACAAGAGCAGGCGGGUUCAACACAAGGCGCGUAGUCCUCUGGAGUGUGUUUCCUUGUGUUUGGUAUUUUACCAGUGUGAGUGCAGCGCGGUGGAGUACCAAUGGAAACAUGAUCUUAAGUGCGCUAUGAUUGUUGGUGAUACGGAGACUACAAGCCAACACACUAGUCCUGCUACGGACACUGACAUAUACGCUCCAUAGGCUAAACCAUUUAUCAUUGUAUACAUAGGUACAGUUCAACUGGACAUGUUACAAUGUGCAAGAAAUCUUGAUCUGCAGAAUGGCUCUCCGGGAACAAAAGUUUUCAUUGUGGUAAUUGUUAAAUAGAAAAUACAAUGGUCGCCUGGUCUGACCAUAGGUUCCAAAUUCCGGUUUUCGUCGGACAAAGCAUAGCUUAGUUUUUAUA